UGAUCAAUGCUGUAUUAUAGAUGUAUUUUCUGCUGAUGUCGGUCAGAAUGGCUCCUCGUCUUCCUCUGAUCUUUCUGCUCAUGAUUCCCGGUGUAUCUAGUGAUGAUUGGUCUGUGAGAUACAGUUCUUCACACAUCUGUGCUCUAAAACACUCAUCAGUGAUAAUGAGCUGCACUUAUACAUACCCUCCUGAACAUCAGAUAGAGGAAGUGUUCUGGACCAAAAACCCUGUAAAGGAUGUAGAGCCUCCAGAUCUGUCUGAGGACCCUGAAUACAGUCAGAGGCUUCAGUAUCUGGGAGAUAAACAGAAGAGCUGCACCAUGAGACUGAGUCAUGUGACACAGAAAGAUUCACAUGAGUACUAUUUCAGAUUCACUACUGAUAAAAAUAAAUGGACUGGUGAACCAGCAGUGACUCUUACUGUGACAGAUCUUCAGGUGGAGUCUCCUGAGAGAGUGAGAGGAGAUUCAGUCCGUCUGACAUAAAGCAGCUGCGCUCUGACUGACAGAGCAACAUUCAUCUGGUACAGAAACUCACAGCCAUUAACUGAGAGAAGAGACAGAAACAAUAUACUCCUGCUGCAGUCAGUCAGAAGAGAGGAUGCAGGCAGAUAUAGCUGUGCUCUACAGGAACACACUUACAUCUCUCCUGAGGUUCAUCUCAAUGUCACGUACCCACCAAAGAGCGUCUUAGUGUCCAUCAGUCCAUCUGAAAUAGUGGAAGAAGAUUCAGUGACUCUGAUCUGCAGCAGUGAUUCAAACCCACCUGCAGAAAUCAGCUGGAUUAAAGGAGGAACAACUGUAGGAUCUGGAAGAAUCUACAACAUCUCAAAGAUCAGAUCUGAUCACAGUGAAGAAUACAAGUGCAAGUCCAUCAAUGAACAUGGAGUGAAAUACUCUGAAGCUGUGGCUUUCAACAUCAUGUGUGAGUUAAUGAUUGUCUGCACAUUAUUCACAUUCAAAUUCAGUAUUUUUUAAUAUUAACAGAGUUUACAUUUUCAUCGUUUGUAGACCCACCCAGGAACGUCUCGGUGUUCAUGACUGGAUCUG